AUGUCGAAACUUGGUGGUUUUGCCAGGCUUGCCACCGCCGAUAUUCACCUUUUCGAAAGCGAUGGCUACUUGUCUGAUGCCACCAUCACUUGUGACGAUCGGACUUGGAAUGUACACAAACUCAUUCUGGGCAGCCGAUGCGAGUGUUUCAGGGCUGCCUUCUAUGGAAACAUCAAAUCAGGCGACCUCGUGCUGGAGGAGCAGGACCCCAAGCUUGUCGACAUCAUCAACGCCCAAGGCCUGCCGGUCCUCUGUGUUCAACUGUUCCGACUUGCCGACUUCUUCCUCCUCAACGAAUCUAAGACCAAGGCUAUCGAAGGGCUCAAGUCCCACCUCGACAGCACGCUCAACCCCUCCGACGCAGAGACAUGUAAAGACCAGAGUCCUCAAUGGCUCACCGAGGUCCUCAGCGCUGUGGAAGAAGCCUACAUGGACAGUAGCACGGCAGCCAUUUCGAAAACCUUGGUCAAGUUUGUCCGCGACAACAGCCACAGGAUCUUUAAGUUCAGCGACACAGUCAACCUGCUCGACAAGAUUCCAGAGCUGUUGAGGGACAUUCAGGUUGGAGGUAAUUCCGUCUUCAAGUUUCUAGAGCGCUCUGAAAUAGAUCCGAUCCGAUCCCGACAGGGGCUAGCUGUUCACUCCGCCAUCCAGUGCCCGAUCAACAUCCAUGCGCUUGGUGAUGGACCGGCCCGGAUGUACCCAGUCCAUCCGUUCCACUUCACCGAUCUCGACGAAGUGUUCAUGACGGUGAAUCCAGAUACAGAUCUGAACAUGGCCGGUCUGGCUUGGAUGGCCCCGUCGGCCAGGAUUGUCAAGGUCAUGACAGGCCACCAGUAUUCCCCUGUGGUGCAGCUCCGGAUGCAGGUGGAGCCGGGCCGACCUGGGGCGCUGUACAUCUGUUUCGGCAGCGAUGUAGAAGCGGAGCUCUUCGUGGAACGGUAUUGUCGUGUGAACCGCAAGAUCCUUCGCUUGUUUGCGCCGUCCGUUGACAUCCUGUGGAACGACAUGCAGCGGGCUGUUGCUGAAGGCUUCAAUCUUUAUAGGGCCUAG